AUGGCUCACAAACUUGUCUUACCCAACACAGGCCCCACCACCCCUGGACGAGGCCCUUUGGUGACAGUGAGCCACACAGAAGUGCCUACUGUGACUCUGAGGGUCGACAUAAGCUCAGAGGGAACCUCCCAGAUCCCUGACCUUGCUGAGACCUCUGUGCCAAGCCAUAUCCCUUUGGAAACUCAAACCGUGGGCACCCAAACCUCUGAUAGGACCUUAAUCCCAGCCAGCACCAUCUCAGAAGCAGUGACCAGGGAAACCAAAACCAUAUUUCCUGCAACAGAGACCAGGGCUCUCACAAAAAUAACACCUUCCAAGUUCAUGGUUGUGAUCACCUCUUUUAUGGAGACAUCAGCCACAAGUGACAGCCCCUCAGGAACUGGAAUGACCACAGUUGAAACUAUUAUACGUAGUGAUCUCUCAGAAGCCUUCUUUGACACCCUUUGUACUGACGACGGCUCUGAAAAGACAAAGAGGAUCACAAUAGACACCUUGACACUGGCUCACACCUCUGCAGAAGCCAGGGCCCUGGCCUUGGAGAGUAACUCAGUUCCAGCCAUCAUCAUUUCACAAACCCUGUCACCUGACAUCACUUCUCCAUCUAAAGUCUUGGUUGCCAACGCCGACACCGACAUUGAGGUUAUCAGAUGUGGUGUUACAGAAAUUGAAACAAUUGCCAUCAACCCUAGGGCCUCAGACAUAGAUCACAGCCCCAUUGGAGGAAAGACUUUGUCCACCCCUGAUAUGUCAGCUUUGCCUGACUUCACUGAAGCAAAAUCAUACCUCACUGGGACCACAACCUCUUCUGAGACCUUGUCAACAGCCGGCACCACAGAAUUAGCCACACCUGAUACCACAGUUGAGACCUUACUCUCCACCAACAGCACCACAGAAAGAGAAACAUCAGCAGCCAAGGCCACCGCCUCCAGUGGAACUUUGGUGACAAUCAACAUGAACCCUUUGGAAGAAACUUCAGCCCUCUCUGUUGAGAUAACAAGGCACACCGAAGUCUCAGAAGCAGUUACAAUCUCCAUAGAGGCUGGGUCAACAGUGGGCCAAGCAACUUCCCCUGCUGGUUCCUCAGCUACAGUCUAUAGCCUCUCUGAAGUAGCCAACACCAAGAACUCCACCUCCUUAGAGAUUUCUACCACAAACAGCACAACCAGUGGGACUGUCCUCACUAGCAGGAGCGCUCUUUCAUCUAUCCAUCUGACCGUGGCCAACAACAGCCAAGAAACAGAGGUCAUCUUAGCCAAGAUGACAGCCUCAGCAAAGACCCCAAAGACAGCCAGCACAGCUGGAGGAAAGCCCCCAACAACCAUACUUACCACUGCUGGGACAACGUGGGCCGCAGAAACUACUGCAGGUGGGGAUGGAGGCUUCCUCCUCCUGCGGCUGAGUGUGGCCUCCCCAGAAGACCUCACUGACCCCAGAGUGGCAGAGAAGCUGAUGCGCCACCUACGCCAUGAGCUGCACUCCCUCGUGCCUCUCGUCCAAGUCUCCCUGCUGCGUGUCAAGAGGGAUUAAAGAACAUCAGCUGCAGGCAGGACCAUGUGCCGAAGGGGGGCAGUGCCCCUACAGUCUGGAACCCACCACAGACUGGAGGCACGUUACUACACCAAGAUGCGCCUAGAAGUUUCCCACAGAGGUCAGCUGGCUUGAUCCCUUAUCCCAGACAUGGCAGUGAGACCCUGGCUCACACAUGCCUGAGUGUAUGCAUGUGUGGGAAGGAGGGCUUCUGUUCCAGAGAUGUUCUUAGACCUCCCUUGGCACAUGUGUUGUGUUUCCGUAAAGAAUCACCCACUCACCCAUCUGUCAUCCACUGUGUGCUUCCAUACUACAUUAAAAACACACUCAG